GGAGGAGGGAGAGAACAGGCUCUGACCGAUAGUAACCCCUGCGCUCAGUGCAGCCGAAUCUAUAAAAGGAACUAGUCUCGGCAAAAAACCCGUAAUUCCGAGGGAGACUGAGUGGGGCCAGGACCCGCCGAGCCGGGCGGACACCUCUCUCCCCGGGCGUGGGUGUGCAGGGCAAGGGGGCGCCGCAGGGCCCGCACCGCCAGGGCUAAUUUCUCGGGGCGCUUUGCUCCCUGUUUUUUUGUCCCACUUUUCCCUCUCCCCUUUUCGAGAAAGGGCUUGUCAAGGGAGGGAAAGAGACGCAAACAUAAAAGUGGAAAUCAGUUAAUGACCAGCCACAGCAUCCCUGCUGUGAGCUCUGGCCACUGUCUUCCAGGGCUCCUGAGGAGCCAGACUCCGUGGGUGCCAGCGGAGGUGACAUGGCUUGCUGGCCCCAGCUAAGGUUGCUGCUGUGGAAAAACCUCACUUUCAGAAGAAGACAAACAUGUCAGCUGCUGCUGGAAGUGGCCUGGCCUCUAUUUAUCUUCCUGAUCCUGAUCUCUGUUCGGCUGAGCUACCCACCCUACGAACAGCAUGAAUGCCACUUUCCAAAUAAAGCCAUGCCCUCUGCAGGAACACUUCCCUGGGUUCAGGGAAUCAUCUGCAAUGCCAACAACCCCUGUUUCCGUUACCCGACUCCUGGUGAGGCCCCUGGGGUCGUUGGAAACUUUAACAAAUCCAUUGUUUCCCGCCUGUUCUCAGAUGCCCAGAGGCUUCUUUUAUAUAGCCAGAAAGACACUAGCAUGAAAGACAUACACAAAGUUCUGAGAACACUGCAGCAGAUUGAGAAGUCCACCUCAAACUUGAAGCUUCAGGAUUUCCUGGUGGACAAUGAGACCUUCUCUGGGUUCCUAUAUCACAACCUGUCUCUCCCAAGGCCUACUGUGGACAGAGUGCUGAGGGCGGGUAUCAGUCUCCACCAGGUGUUUUUGCAAGGCUACCAGUUACAUUUGACCAAUCUGUGCAAUGGAUCAAGACUCGGAGAGGUGAUUCAAGUUGGCGACCAAGAAGUUUCCGAGCUUUGUGGUCUACCAAGGGAGAGACUGGAUGAAGCAGAACGCAUGCUUCGUUCCAACGUGGACAUCCUGAAACCGGUGUUGAUAGGACUAAACUCUACAUCUCCCAUCCUGAGCAAGGAGCUGAAUGAAGCCACAAAAGUUCUGCUGGACAGUCUCGGGGCUUUGGCCCAGGAGCUGUUCAGCAUGCGGAGCUGGAGUGACAUGCGGCAGGAGGUGAUGUUUCUGACCAAUGUGAAUGGCUCCAGCUCCUCCACCCAGAUAUACCAGGCCGUGUCUCGCAUUGUCUGUGGCCAUCCCGAGGGCGGGGGACUGAAGAUCAAGUCCCUCAACUGGUAUGAAGACAACAACUACAAGGCCCUCUUUGGAGGCAAUGGCACCGAGGAAGAUGCUGACACGUUCUAUGACAACACUACUACUCCUUACUGCAAUGAUAUGAUGAAGAAUUUGGAGUCUAGUCCUCUUUCCCGCAUUAUUUGGAAAGCUCUUAAGCCUCUACUUCUUGGGAAGAUCCUAUAUACACCUGACACUCCAGCUACAAGGCAGGUUAUGGCUGAGGUGAACAAGACCUUCCAGGAACUGUCUGUGUUUCAUGAUCUGGAAGGCAUGUGGGCAGAACUCAGCCCCAAGAUCUGGACCUUCAUGGAGAAGAGCCAAGAAAUGGAUCUUGUCCGGAUGCUGUUGGAGAGCAGAGGCAAUGACCGCUUUUGGGAACAGCAGUUGGAAGGCUUAGAUUGGACAGCCCAAGAUAUUGUGGCAUUUUUGGCCAAGUACCCAGAGGAUGUCCAGUCUGCUAAUGGCUCUGUGUACACCUGGAGAGAGGCUUUAAAUGAGACCGACCAGGCAAUCCAGACUGUAUCACGCUUCAUGGAGUGUGUCAACCUGAACAAGCUGGAGCCCAUUCCCACAGAGGUCCGGCUCAUCAACAAGUCCAUGGAGCUCCUGGAUGAGAGGAAGUUCUGGGCUGGGAUCGUGUUCACUGGAAUUACUCCAGACAGCAUUGAGCUGCCCCAUCAUGUCAACUACAAGAUCCGAAUGGACAUUGACAAUGUGGAGAGGACAAAUAAAAUCAAGGAUGGGUACUGGGACCCUGGUCCUCGGGCUGACCCCUUUGAGGAUAUGCGGUAUGUCUGGGGCGGCUUCGCUUACCUGCAGGACGUGGUGGAGCAGGCGAUCAUCAGGGUGCUGACGGGUGCCGAGAAGAAAACCGGAGUCUACGUGCAGCAGAUGCCCUACCCCUGUUACGUCGAUGACAUCUUUCUGCGGGUGAUGAGCCGCUUAAUGCCACUUUUCAUGACACUGGCCUGGAUCUACUCUGUGGCAAUGAUCAUCAAGGGCAUCGUGUACGAGAAGGAGGCGCGGCUGAAGGAGACCAUGCGUAUCAUGGGCCUGGACAACGGCAUCCUCUGGUUUAGCUGGUUCAUCAGUAGCCUCGUCCCUCUGCUGGUGAGCGCAGGCCUGCUGGUGGUCAUCCUGAAGUUAGGGAACCUGCUGCCCUACAGCGAGCCCAGUGUGGUGUUUGUCUUCCUGUCUGUGUUCGCUGUGGUGACCAUCCUGCAGUGCUUCCUCAUCAGCACACUCUUCUCCAGAGCCAACCUGGCGGCAGCCUGUGGGGGCAUCAUCUACUUCAUGCUGUACCUGCCCUAUGUCUUGUGUGUGGCAUGGCAGGACUACGUGGGCUUCACACUCAAGAUCUUCGCUAGCCUGCUUUCUCCUGUGGCUUUCGGGUUUGGCUGUGAAUACUUCGCCCUUUUUGAGGAGCAGGGCAUUGGGGUGCAGUGGGAUAACCUGUUCAAGAGCCCCGUGGAGGAAGAUGGCUUCAGUCUCACCACGUCGGUCUCCAUGAUGCUGUUUGAUAGCUUCCUCUAUGGCGUGAUGACGUGGUACAUCGAGGCCGUCUUCCCAGGCCAGUAUGGCAUUCCCAGGCCCUGGUAUUUUCCUUGCACCAAGUCUUACUGGUUUGGUGAGGAAAGUGAGGACAAGAGCCACCCUGGCUCCAGCCACAAGGGAGUAUCAGAAAUCUGUAUGGAGGAGGAACCCACCCACCUGAAGCUGGGCGUGUCCAUUCAGAACCUGGUAAAAGUUUACCAGGAUGGUAUGAAAGUGGCUGUCGAUGGCCUGGCACUGAAUUUUUAUGAGGGACAGAUCACCUCCUUCCUGGGGCACAACGGAGCUGGGAAGACAACCACCAUGUCAAUCCUGACUGGGUUAUUCCCUCCCACCUCAGGCACUGCCUACAUCUUGGGAAAAGACAUUCGCUCUGAGAUGAGUACCAUCCGGCAGAACCUGGGGGUCUGUCCCCAGCACAAUGUCCUGUUUGACAUGCUGACUGUUGAAGAACAUAUCUGGUUCUAUGCCCGUUUAAAGGGACUCUCAGAGAAGUAUGUGAAGGCAGAAAUGGAGCAGAUGGCUCUGGAUGUUGGUUUACCGCCCAGCAAGCUGAAAAGCAAAACAAGCCAGCUGUCAGGUGGAAUGCAGAGAAAGCUGUCUGUGGCUUUGGCCUUUGUGGGGGGAUCCAAGGUUGUCAUUCUGGAUGAGCCCACAGCUGGUGUGGACCCUUACUCCCGCAGGGGAAUCUGGGAGCUGCUGCUAAAAUACCGACAAGGCCGCACCAUUAUCCUUUCCACACACCACAUGGAUGAAGCGGACAUCUUAGGGGACAGGAUUGCCAUCAUCUCCCAUGGGAAGCUGUGCUGUGUGGGCUCCUCCCUAUUUCUGAAGAACCAGCUGGGAACAGGCUACUACCUAACCCUGGUUAAGAAAGAUGUGGAAUCCUCCCUCAGUUCCUGCAGAAAUAGCAGCAGUACAGUGUCAUACCUGAAAAAGGUGGUGCCUGAGCUCCCCCCAGCUGGGCAGAGUGGAGGCAGAGGAGGAGAGGUGCAGAGGCUGGUGGCACUGACUCAAGAUGUCUCCGCUAUCUCCAACCUCAUCAGGAAGCAUGUGUCUGAAGCCCGGCUGGUGGAAGACAUCGGACAUGAACUGACCUACGUGCUGCCCUAUGAAGCUGCUAAAGAGGGGGCCUUUGUGGAACUCUUCCAUGAGAUUGAUGACCGGCUCUCAGACCUGGGCAUCUCUAGUUAUGGCAUUUCAGAGACUACCCUGGAAGAAAUAUUCCUCAAAGUGGCUGAAGAGAGUGGCGUGGAUGCUGAGACCUCAGAUGGUACUUUGCCAGCAAGACGGAACAGACGGGCCUUCGGAGACAGGCAGAGCUGUCUUCGUCCAUUCACUGAAGAUGAUGCCAUUGAUCCGAAUGAUUCUGACAUUGACCCAGAAUCCAGAGAAACGGACCUACUGAGUGGGAUGGACGGCAAAGGCUCCUACCAGGUGAAGGGCUGGAAACUCACACAGCAGCAGUUUGUGGCUCUUUUGUGGAAGAGGCUGCUGAUUGCCAGACGGAGUCGGAAAGGAUUUUUUGCUCAGAUUGUCCUGCCAGCUGUGUUUGUCUGCAUUGCCCUGGUGUUCAGCCUGAUUGUCCCACCAUUUGGCAAAUACCCCAGCCUGGAACUUCAGCCCUGGAUGUACAACGAACAGUACACGUUUGUCAGCAAUGAUGCUCCUGAGGACAGGGGAACCCAGGAGCUCUUGAAUGCCCUCACCAAAGACCCUGGCUUCGGGACCCGGUGUAUGGAAGGAAAUCCAAUCCCAGACAUGCCCUGUCUGUCAGGGGAGGAGGAGUGGACCACUGCCCCCAUUCCCCAGACCAUCAUGGACCUCUUCCAGAAUGGGAACUGGACGAUGGAGAACCCCUCGCCUGCCUGCCAGUGUAGCAGUGACAAGAUCAAGAAGAUGCUGCCCGUGUGUCCCCCAGGGGCAGGGGGGCUGCCUCCUCCUCAAAGAAAACAGAACACUGCAGACAUCCUUCAGAACCUGACGGGAAGGAACAUUUCGGAUUAUCUGGUGAAGACUUAUGUGCAGAUCAUAGCAAAAAGCUUAAAGAACAAGGCCUGGGUGAAUGAGUUUCGGUAUGGCGGGUUUUCCCUGGGUGUCAGUAAUCCUCAAGCACUUCCACCGAGCCAAGAAGUUAAUGAUGCCAUCAAACAAGUGAAGAAACACUUGAAACUGGCCAAGGACAGUUCUGCAGAUCGAUUUCUCAGCAACUUGGGAAGGUUUAUGACAGGACUGGACACCAAAAAUAAUGUUAAGGUGUGGUUUAAUAACAAGGGCUGGCAUGCCAUCAGCUCUUUCCUGAAUGUCAUCAACAAUGCUAUUCUGCGGGCUAACCUGCAGAAGGGAAAGAAUCCGAGCCAAUAUGGGAUUACUGCUUUCAAUCACCCCCUGAAUCUCACCAAGCAGCAGCUCUCAGAGGUGGCUCUGAUGACCACAUCAGUGGACGUCCUCGUGUCCAUCUGUGUCAUCUUUGCGAUGUCCUUCGUCCCAGCCAGCUUUGUCGUGUUCUUGAUCCAGGAGCGGGUCAGCAAAGCGAAGCACCUGCAGUUCAUUAGUGGGGUGAAGCCUGUCAUCUACUGGCUUUCCAAUUUUGUCUGGGACAUGUGCAAUUACGUGGUCCCUGCCACGCUGGUCAUUAUCAUCUUCAUCUGCUUCCAGCAGAAGUCCUACGUGUCCUCCACCAACCUGCCUGUGCUAGCCCUUCUACUUUUGCUGUACGGGUGGUCAAUCACACCACUCAUGUACCCAGCCUCCUUCGUGUUCAAGAUCCCCAGCACAGCUUACGUGGUGCUCACCAGCGUGAACCUCUUCAUCGGCAUCAAUGGCAGUGUGGCCACCUUCGUGCUGGAGCUCUUCACCAACAAUAAGCUGAAUAACAUCAAUGAUAUCCUGAAGUCAGUAUUCUUGAUCUUCCCACAUUUUUGCCUGGGACGAGGGCUAAUUGACAUGGUGAAAAACCAGGCAAUGGCUGAUGCCCUGGAAAGGUUUGGGGAGAAUCGCUUUGUAUCGCCAUUAUCUUGGGACUUGGUGGGACGCAACCUCUUUGCCAUGGCCGUGGAAGGGGUGGUGUUCUUCCUCAUUACUGUUCUGAUCCAGUACAGAUUCUUCAUCAGGCCCAGACCUAUAAAUGCAAAGCUUCCUCCUCUGAAUGAUGAGGAUGAGGAUGUGAGGCGGGAAAGACAGAGAAUUCUUGAUGGUGGAGGCCAGAAUGACAUAUUGGAAAUCAAGGAGUUGACAAAGAUAUAUAGAAGGAAGAGGAAGCCUGCUGUUGACAGGAUUUGUGUGGGAAUUCCUCCUGGUGAGUGCUUUGGACUCCUGGGAGUGAAUGGGGCUGGGAAGUCAUCAACUUUCAAGAUGUUAACUGGAGAUACCACUGUUACCAGAGGAGAUGCUUUCCUUAACAAAAAUAGUAUCUUAUCAAACAUCCAGGAAGUCCAUCAGAACAUGGGCUACUGCCCUCAGUUUGAUGCUAUCACGGAGCUGCUGACGGGGAGAGAACACGUGGAAUUCUUUGCCCUUUUGAGGGGAGUCCCAGAGAAAGAAGUUGGCAAGGUUGGUGAGUGGGCAAUUCGGAAAUUGGGCCUAGUGAAGUAUGGAGAAAAAUAUGCCGGUAACUACAGUGGAGGCAACAAGCGCAAGCUGUCCACAGCCAUGGCUUUGAUCGGGGGACCUCCUGUGGUAUUUCUGGAUGAACCCACCACAGGUAUGGAUCCCAAAGCCCGGCGAUUCUUGUGGAAUUGUGCCCUAAGUAUUGUCAAGGAGGGAAGAUCAGUAGUGCUUACAUCUCACAGUAUGGAAGAAUGUGAAGCUCUUUGCACUAGGAUGGCAAUUAUGGUCAAUGGAAGGUUCAGGUGUCUUGGCAGUGUCCAACAUCUGAAAAAUAGGUUUGGAGAUGGCUAUACAAUAGUCGUACGAAUAGCAGGGUCCAACCCUGACCUGAAGCCUGUCCAGGAGUUCUUUGGACUUGCCUUCCCAGGAAGUGUGCUAAAAGAGAAACACCGGAACAUGCUGCAAUACCAGCUUCCCUCAUCAUUAUCUUCUCUGGCCAGGAUAUUCAGCAUCCUUUCCCAGAGCAAAAAGCGACUCCACAUAGAAGACUACUCUGUUUCUCAGACAACACUUGACCAAGUAUUUGUGAACUUUGCCAAGGACCAAAGUGAUGAUGACCACUUAAAGGACCUGUCAUUACACAAAAACCAGACAGUAGUAGAUGUUGCAGUUCUCACAUCUUUUCUACAGGAUGAGAAAGUGAAAGAAAGUUAUGUAUGAAGAAUCCUUUUUGUACAAGGUGGCUGAAAGUAAGGAGGAACUAGACCUUCCUUUGCACCAUGUGAAGUGUUCCAAAGGAAAAAGGCAGAAGUCCUUGUGGGAAGAAAUAAACUGGAUACUGUACUGAUACUGUUCAAUGCAAUGCAAUUCAAUGCAAUGAAAACAAAAUUCCAUUACAGGGGCAGUGCCUUUGUAGCCUAUGUCUCGUAUGGCUCUCGAGUGAAAAAGACUUGAAUUUAGUUUAUUACUUUAUACUAUGUGAAACUCUAGUAUGGAACCCAGUGGACAUAUGGGUUUCCAAUGAUACUUUUUUGUUCCUGUGUAUUCUCAAUGAGGUUGAAACAAUAAUUCAUCAAGUAAUCAUGGCCAGUGAUUAUUUACCAAAAUCAAAAGGCAUGCACAUCCUCCUUCAUUAAACCAUGCCACACCAUGGGACUGGUUUUCCAGUGACACAUCCAUUGCUUGCAAUGAGUGUGCCAGAAUUACUAGUGCCAAGUUGCUCAGAAAAUCUGAACACCAUGGUGUGUCACACACACUUUUGGGAAAGCUGCUGUGCUCCAGAGUCUGUCGACAUCCUUAAGUAUCAGGUGACAAAAUGGUGCCAUGUAUGGCUAAAGUCCUGCUUUGAGCUGCUUUGGUGUUGGUGACAUGGAAUAUGUGGGACUCUCUAGACACAGGAAACUUGGUUCCACUGUUAUAUUGUCCUGUGUUUGUUUGGUCUAUAGGGUCAUGUUUUUCUGAGACUCCUAAUAUAUGUAGAUCCUAGUAGGCGGCAACCAAAUUGCUGGGGCUACAAGCUGCUGCGGCCUGGGUGUGGGAUUAAAGGGAUGAUGCAUUCAAACCUGGGAAAACCUGUGCACAUUUGUCCUGAUUGUCUACUAACACGGUACACUGCAUCUCGAGAUCUUUUGUUACCUGACCCAAGCAUAGUAUUAUUUCUUAUUUUGAAUUAACAAAGAAAAUGAAAAGGUAAGAGUUGUAGUUUGACAAAAAUCUUUGUACUUUUAAUGUUAUGUGGAAUUUUAAGUACUAUCAGUGACUUCUGAAUCAUUAGACUGGCCCCUUUCUGGAACCCAGUGGCAUAUAGUAUGGCCACACUGCCUCAGUGACAUUAUUUUCUUGUAUAAGAUUGAUCAUCAGACUAGUGCCUACAAAACAAUGUGAUGGUCAAAUCUUAUGACAUUUGAGUUUCUUUAAGAUCACACAGAAUACUUUUAAUCUUAGUUCUUCAAUCAAGUAUUUUUUGAGUGUAUGCUGUAGCUGAAAGACUGUGUGUGUAUGAACAUAUGUGUGUAUGGAGGGGGAAGAAUUAAGUCUCAGAUGUCCCGUGCCAUGUUAUUUGGCUAACUGGUUUACAAGUAAUAGGUUUUUUUGUUGUGGUCGUGGGAGCCCACUGAAAGAAUAUUUGGUGGCUUUUUUUUUUUUUAAUAGCAACAAUGCAAAAGCCAAGAAAGUAUAAGGGUCACAAAGCCAAACAAUGAAUUCUUUCAUAGAGAAAACAGCUAGCUUGGAAAUGUGUCAAACAAUACAAUGUGUGUUUUAUGGCAUUUUGUACAUUCAAAUAACUGGCUUUGCAGAUGUAAGACAUCCUGUUACAUCUCUGACAAUCUCAAAUUUUUCAUCUCUUCCAUCACUAAUUUGUGAAAAACAUAAAAGGAACAAAUGUUUCCACAUGGAGUAUUUUUCAGACUUUUUUAGCCCAGUCUGAAACAAAAAUAUAAGAGAACUACUAUGUGGCAAAGUUCAAGUGAUCUUUCAAUAUUAUUACUCAUUCUUUCAACUUUUUCCAAAAUUUAAAUAUUAACACUAAAGGUGUAAGACUUCAGAUCUAUUUCAAAUUAACCUAUGUUCUAAAUUUACAGAAUGUUAUAUAAAUUAUUGUUUGAAAAGAAAGAAAAUCACUGUUUGAGAGAUCAAUGUCAGUAUUAUUUUCUAAAAUGAUAAUUAAUGAAGGCACAUUUCCAAUGACUGGUGACAUGAAAUCAUUAUAUUUUAUUUUGUCUUCGAAGAUACACAAUUCAUAGAAUCGUUUAUCCUUGUCUAAUAUUUUUCAAACUCAAGCUUCUCUUAGUUUUCUCAUUUCCCUAUAAUCAUCAUGUUCUCAUUCUUCAUUAUAUUAAAUCCAUAAGCAACUCCUUCCUUUAAUUACUCUGAUUUUAAAGACAUAUUAAAAAAAAUCAAAAGGCACUGUGAACUAUUUUGAAAUAAUGCAACAUUUCAAUAUAGAGUUAAAAGGAGCUCUUCUGAGGCUAGAAAUAAUCUGCAGUUACACAUCAACUUCAUUGUAUUACCACUAACAUUGUGUUACUUUUUUAGACUAUCCAAAUAAUUUUUAAAACUUUCCUGUGUAAACUUAAUUACGGUAGAAACUUUACCAACUCUAUAUUUAAGUAAAAUUUCUAUAUGGUCCCUGUGGAAAAAUGUAACUGUGAGUUUCAGAAAUAAUCAAAAGGCGUGUUCAAAGAUUUCUGCUUCUGCAUCUUCUGUACACCUUGGAAAACUUAUUAACGACUGUGAAUAUGAAACAUACAAUGAAAAUAACAAGCGCUCUAUACAUAAAUGCCCAGCACAAUUCAUUGUUAAAAACAACCAAACCUCAGACUACUGUAUUUCAUUAUCUGUACUGAAAGCAUAUGUUUUGUGACUAUUAAAUGUUGCACAUCAUUCAUUCACUGUAUAGUAAUCAUUGACUAAAGGGAUUUCUCUAUGUUUUUUUCAUACGGUUGUAUAUAUCAGGUAAAUUUUUCCAAAGAGCCAUGUGUCCUAUAAUACUGAACCACUUUGAUAUUGAGAUAUUAAUUUGUAUACUCUUGUUACAAUUUACUAGUAAUAAUGUAAUAUUAUAGUAAUAUUGCUCUAAUUCUUUCCAAAAUUAUUGCAUCCCUUUUUACAGAAUGUUUAUACUUCCAUAAGUAUUAGUAUGCUAUUAUCCCUCCUUAUACCUUACGAUAAAGCUGUUUUUGUGCUUUUAUCUAUCAUUGGCCCUCAUUCCAAGCACUUUACGCUGUCUGUAAUGAGAUCUAUUUUUUGCACUGGAAUAUCUGAGAAUUGCAAAACUAAACAGACGUUUCACAAUAGAUUUCUAAGUUAAAUCAUUUUCAUUAAAAGAAAAACAAAAAAUAUUUGUAUUGUAAAUAACUUUAUAUGAAGUAUUAAAAGGCAUAUUUGUAUGUUGUAAUAAGUCACAAAAUAAAGCUGUGACAGUUCUCUUGGUCU